GGGGCGGGGCUGAACUCCGGGCCGCGGCGGCUCCUGGGGGCCGAGGCGAGCGGGACCCGCCAGGCUUGGAGGGAUCGCGCAACAGAUCCAAACAAUGGAGGCAGGCUCGGUGGUCCGGGCUGUGUUUGAUUUCUGUCCCAGCGUCUCUGAGGAGUUGCCACUGUUUGUGGGGGAUGUCAUAGAAGUGUUGGCGGUCAUAGAUGAGUUCUGGCUCCUUGGGAAGAAGGAAGGGGUCACAGGACAGUUUCCCAGCAGUUUUGUGGAGCCUGUGGAUGUUCCUGCUUUGAAGCAAGGGGAGAAGCUGUUUGUUUGUACCUGCAAUUUCACAUCACUGGAGCCUGGCAGCCUGACUUUGCAGAGAGGAGACCUGGUGGUUCUGGAUGGUUUUGUGGCCUCUCCUUGGCUCCAAGGUCGAAGCUAUUGGGGAGCCAGAGGGUUCUUCCCAUCAUCAUGCGUGCGGGAACUCUGUCUCUCAGCCUAUGGCCCUCGAACUCCUAAUGGCACCAUCCUGGAGAUUCCAGCCCAUGCUUUGGGUCAAGCUCGAGCACUGAUGGGCCUUUCAGCCCAGAUGGAGGAGGAGCUGGACUUUCAGGAAGGGGAUGUCAUCACCAUUGUUGGGAUCCCUGAACCUGGAUGGUUUGAAGGGGAGCUGAAGGGUCACCGGGGAAUCUUCCCUGAGGGAUUUGUAGAGCUUUUGAGUCCCCUGAAGCCCAUGAGCGAUUCAGAGGAGCCUGUGUCCUCUGAAAUCCAUAGAAUUAAUGGAGUCAAGGACACCCACCCACAGGCAGAGGAGGAGUCCUGGAGUAAUGGUGAGGAAUUGCCAGGGCCUUAUGGAGUUGCCCUCUAUCAGUUCCAAGCCCUGGAACCUGCAGAACUGGACUUUGAGGUAGGAGACAGGAUUCGUAUAUUGGGGGUCCUGGAAGAUGGCUGGCUGGAGGGGGAGCUUCGGGGAAGGUGUGGCAUAUUUCCCCAUAGGUUUGUGAGGCUAGAAGAGGGUAGGGAGAAAUGGGAAUCUGGAUGUUCUCCAGAGGGAGCGGGCUCUGAGGCAGAUCGCAUCCACCGAACUGGCCUACCUGCCACGUGGGAAGAACCUGGGUGGAGUUCAGUGUGUCCUGAAGAGAAGCCUGGUCACCUUGCAGUGAAGCAGGAGGAACUUUUAGACGCUUGUCUCAAAGAGAAUGAAGUCCUAAACCACCAGAACAAAGGCUGUCUGGAAUCCCUUUCCUCAGAAGUAUCAGGCCCUCCCUCACUAGACACUGCCAAAGUUGUCAAUGGAGUUUCUUCCAACUCUCAGUCUUCACACCAACCAAAGAGCCAACUAUGCUGUCAAGCAGGGAGCCAGGAAUUGCGCCAGAGCCCAAGGACAUCUUGGGGGCAUUCAGAGGUCCACAGCCAUACUGAGUGGGAUGAAGAUGCCCACCAUGUGCCCCUCAAGAACAUUAUUUCUGAGAACUUAACCAACUUCAUGGAUGUUCAGAGGCGAAAGCCCAAAUCCCGUUCUUCUAGCUUUAGUGGAACUCAUGAAGGUCUGGACACGUGGCCUGUCUGGCGUGGAACUCGAGCUGAGAGGCCUCAAGGGGUGCUCCAUGGGGAGAGUUGUGGGGACCUUGACUCCAAACUGUCAGAGCAACUGGCUCAGUUUGAACAAAGCCUGGUGAGCCCUGAUAGUCUUGCCAGCCAUAGUACCCCUCAGAGAGAUAAUGUCUCUCGGCACUUUUCUAUCCUGGACUUCAAUUCUGAGAAGGACAUUGUACGUGGCUCAGUGGAACACACUGCACAGAGGAAAAAGGUGCUGCGGCCGCCCCCUCCCCGGCCCAGCACCCCAGCCUCUGUGCCGCUUCACUCUCCUGCCAGGCACAGUUCCAAAACUUUGCCUCCUUCUCAAGCUCCUCCUAUCUCUUUGCGGCCUUCCAGACCAGCACCACUUCCGCCGCCAAGCAGUCAGCGGAAGAGUCCAGCUCCAGCAAAGCUACAGCCAGGGACCAAAGAGGGGCAAGGCAGCACAGGCGAGGCUGGAGGUGCGCCUGAGUGCAUUUUCCUGCUGAGCCGCAUCCAGGAACUAGAGCAAGAGCUGGAUGUUUACAGGAAGACCAAAGCAGAGCUCAGUGCAAUGUUGGAACAACGGCAGGAUGAGCUGGGUCAGGCUGAGACGCUGGAAAAUCUGGACUUCUGUGACUGCAAAAUUUCAAGUCUAUGCCGGGAGCUGCAGGAGCUGAGAGAAAUGACUCUGCUGUCCUCCCAGCCGGCAUCACUGGAGGCUGCGGCAGCCUCCACUCCCAGCCCAGAAAAAAGGAUGCUGGAGAAAAGAGCUAAGGUCAUUGAAGAGCUCCUGCAGACUGAGAGGGAUUAUAUCAGAGACCUCGAGAUGUGUGUGCAGAAGGUGCAGGUGCCACUGCACAAGGCACAGGUGCUGCAUGUAGACUGUGAGGGGCUGUUUGGGAACAUCCAAGGAGUAAUCGCCUUCUCAAAGCAGUUACUGAGUGCCCUGGAAGCUGCAGAUGCUAUCGGACCAACAUUUCUAGCGCUUCGGGCUGAGUUGGAAGAUGUGUACAAAGUGUACUGUCAGAACCACGAUGAGGCCAUCGCACUCCUGGAGGCCUAUGAAAAGGAUGAGGGAGUGCAGAAGUAUUUGCUGGAGUCACUGGAGAUCCUCAGGAAUCUGUACAGUGAAUGGGGUUGUGCCAACUACAUUGACCUGGGCUCCUUCCUGAUCAAGCCAGUGCAACGCGUGAUGCGCUACCCACUGCUGCUAAUAGAACUCCUGAGCGCUACUCCUGAGUCUCACCCUGAUCGUGUUCCACUCGCAGCUGCCGUCCUGGCUGUCAAAGAGAUUAACUGUAACAUUAAUGAGUACAAGCGGCGAAAAGACCUAGUGCUGAAGUACAGGAAAACAGACGACGACAGCCUCAUUGAGAAGAUCUCCAAGCUGAACUUCCACUCCAUCAUCAAGAAAUCCAACCGUGUCAGCAGCCAUCUCAAGCACCUCACAGGCUUUGCACCCCAGCUCAAGGAUGAGGCUUUUGAGGAGACAGAAAAGAAUUUCCGGAUGCAGGAGCGGCUGAUAAAGUCUUUCAUCCGGGAUCUUUCCCUUUACCUUCAGCACAUCCGGGAGUCGGCUUGUGUGAAAGUGACAGCAGCUGUGAGUAUGUGGGACCUGUGUGUGGAGAAGGGCAGUGCAGAGCUGGAACAGUUCCAGAAGAUUCAUUGCUUCAUCAGUGACCGGCUCUUCUCUGAUUUUAAGGAACGCACGGAGCGGUUGGUGAUCUCCCCUCUGAACCAGCUGCUGAAUAUGUUUGCCGGUCCUCACAAGCUGGUGCAGAAACGUUUCGACAAGCUCCUGGACUUCCACACGUGCACAGAGCGUGCCGAGAGGCUUAAGGACAAGCGGACCUUGGAAGAGCUGCAGUCGGCACGCAACAAUUAUGAGGCCCUGAACACUCAGCUGCUGGAUGAGCUGCCCAAAUUCCAGUGCUGUGCUAAGGAGCUCUUCACCAGCUGUCUGCAGGGCUAUGCCGAGGCUCAUUGUGACUUCGUGCGCCUGGCAUUGCAAGAACUACAACCUCUGCUCCCACUGCUGCAGGUUGUUGGCAGAGAGGGGAACUUGGUUGCCAUCUUCCAGGAAGAGCACAGCCGGGUUCUCCAGCAGCUGCAGGUCUUCACAUUCUUCCCAGAGACCAUCUCUCCUGCCAAAAAACCUUUUGAGAGGAAAACUUUGGAGCGCCAGUCAGUCCGAAGGCAGCCACUCCUGGGCAUGCCCAGCUACAUGCUGCAGUCGGAUGAUCUGCGUGCAGCCUUAUUGGCUCGGUACCCACCUGACAAGCUCUUCCAGGCAGAGCGCAACUUCAAUGCAGCUCAGGAGCUGGACGUGUCACUCUUGGAGGGUGACUUGGUGGGUGUCAUCAAGAAGAAGGACCCCAUGGGCAGCCAGAACCGCUGGCUUAUUGACAAUGGAGUGACCAAAGGCUUUGUGUAUAGCUCCUUCCUUAAGCCUUACAACCCACGAUGUAGCCACUCGGAUGCCUCCAUAGGCAGCCAUUCCUCCAGUGAAUCUGAGCACAGCGGUUCCUCAUCCCUGGGCAGCAGUGCCCCAAGCAGCAUAAUGAGCAAUAUGUCGGCAAACGUCGCUCAUAAGCCGGCAGUGGACUCUGGCUCCCAAGGGGAUUUGACCAGUUCUCUUCAAGCUUUGUCAGAGGUGGAUGCUGUCAGUCAACCUCAGAUGGGCUCUACUGUAGAAUCUGCUCAGCCACCCCGUGUUGUUCCAGCAUCUCGCCGAUACAGUAACCCUGACUCCCGCAAUGGACACACAGCACGGGCCAAGGCCAGGGCAGUGCCUUCACUGGAGGAUAGCCACUCUAGAAUGAAGAACAGUGAGUCCAAAGGAAACCAGGUUUACUAUGCUGUUUAUACCUUUAAGAGUCGGAAUGCAAAUGAACUGAGUGUAACAGCCAAUCAAAGACUAAAGAUCUUAAAGUUCGAAGACAUCACUGGCAAUCCGGAGUGGUGGUUGGCUGAGGCACAUGGAAGGCGGGGCUAUGUGCCAUCCAGUUACAUUCGUAAGACUGAGUACACGUGAGACGUGAUGUGGCUGAGCUAGAAACUGGUGCCUUAAUUUGCUGUUGGAAGCUGACAGAAGACCACAGCGGGCAAACUUACUCAAUGCUCCGUUUUCCCUAGUGGUCCAUGUUAAAUACAUUUGGUAGAGUCAGACCAGAUUUCCAGUGAAGUUGAAUGAGGUGUUGCCAAGGAUUCUGCUGUUACUUCUAUGGUGAAUCAGAACCUCUUUGCCUGGCUGGGGUCAGGGAAACAAUCAGCAGUGCUGUGCAAUAGUCAUUCCCCCUUGAAAUAAGUGCUUAGUCUCAAUUUGACUAAUGAGGUUGCAACUAGCAGGAGAUGACGCGUCUGGAAGGGAUCUUACUUAUUUUUCCAUUUUGGCUCUAACAUGAGGACAGGGUACAAGUAGGUUUCCUUACAGCCAGUGAUGUGUGUGUGUGUGUGUGUGCACCUGUAUAUGAGUGCUAGCUGCUAGCCAACAAAAAAAGGGGAGCCCUGAGGGCUGCUGCACAAGACUCCCUUUGUCACAUCGUUCCAUGGUGCUGGUAAUUGGAGCGCCUUUGCUCAUCUUCAGGUGUGCCUUGAAUGCUCUAAUCUGUGUGUGAGGGUGAUGCUGGGCCUACUUUGUCUGUUGGGAACCAAUCAUGGAGGAUUCCUGCUCCAAGGUAAGAGCACCAUGCAAGAGAUGCUGUUUCCCCCCUUGGACUGCUGUUUUGUAAAUAAAAUUUCUCUUUUGGAA